GCCAUCCAGCUCUCUCUCUCCCUCAUCGCGACAAAACCCUCGUCGCUGGAACGAGCUUUGGGCGACCCCCUCUCUCAGCUUCCACAAAGCUAGAUUUCGAUUCAUUCUGGUCUCAUGGAUCUAGGUGGAGAGGUUGUCUCGACGGCGGCGCCGAUUUUCGCAGAGGCGAGCUUGUCGAGCUGGUGGGACCAGAUCAACGAGUCGCCGAAGUGGCAGGACGGAGUGUUCUAUUUCCUCUGCGCUGCCUACGCCCUCGUCUCAUCCGUCGCGCUGGUUCAAUUGAUUAGAAUCCAACUACGUGUGCCCCAGUAUGGUUGGACAACACAGAAGGUUUUCCAUUUUAUGAAUUUUAUUGUGAAUGGAGUACGUGCAGUUGAGUUUGGAUUUCAUACUCGAGUAUUUCUCUUCAGGCCCAAGGUAUAUACUAUAGCUCUACUAGAUUUUCCUGGUUUAUUGUUCUUCUCUACGUACACACUGCUUGUACUGUUCUGGGCAGAAAUAUACCAUCAGGCAAAAAAUCUUCCGACGGACAAACUAAGGACUGUGUACAUUUGCAUCAAUACUGCCAUCUAUGUUAUUCAGGUCUGUAUCUGGAUAUAUUUGUUGGUAGAUUACAGCAGCAUAGGAGAUUUAUUGGGGAAAAUCUUUAUAGCAGUUGUUUCAUUCGUAGCUGCGCUUGGAUUUGCCAUCUACGGGGGCAGGUUGUUUUUCCUGCUUCGGCGAUUCCCAAUUGAAUCAAAAGGGAGGAGGAAGAAACUUCAUGAGGUGGGAUAUGUCACGGCCAUAUGCUUUGCAUGCUUCCUUAUACGAUGCUUCGUGGUGGGAUUGUCUGCAUUCGACAGAGAUGCCUCUCUUGAGGUUUUGGAUCAUCCUAUUCUAGACCUUGUAUACUACAUGCUGACCGAAAUACUCCCCUCGGCACUUGUUCUUUACAUACUCCGUAAGCUUCCUCCAAAGCGAGUAUCAGCACAACACCACCCUAUCCAAUAGCGGGAAUGAACACUAUUUUGAGCUUGCAUUGUGGCAACCAGACUCGAAAUUUUGUUCAAAGGUUGCAGUAGCUAAAACUGUAUGAGUAGCUAUUCGUUGUGAUCCCUCCUGUUGCUUAGUCGUGGGACUCUAGUGACCCUAAGGAUAGGAGGUCAGUUCAGUGCUUUGGAAUGGAGUUGUGGGAUCGCACAAGCAACCAAUUUGUUUAAGUGUUUGCUAAGAUUGAAGGUUUGAGAAAAUUAUGUAUUUUUAGAACAGAAGUUGAAGUGUAUAAGAAGGAUCACAAUAUUAUUUUA